AACUUUGACACGACAGCCAGCCUACGCCCGAGGCCGCGUUCGAGGAAGUUAUUACAUUUUUUACUGGUAUUUUCUCGGUCUAAAUGGAAAGAUGAUUAUAUAUGCAAGUUUAGCUCGGUCGUCAGAUGGCACGCCAUUAUCAGCCACCACAGACUUCGCUAGUGAUGCAGACCAGCGGGUGCGAGAAGGGAAGAGAUGCAUCAAGCUCAUGAGCAAGCAUCUCCCCAAAUUCGGAAAGCGGGUUUGUCUUCAGGCAGAUGAAAUAACGAUACACUGUGUGACAGAUGAGUGUACAGCUUACAUGGUGGUGUGUGAACCAAACUACCCCCACAUUUUGGCAUUCAGCUUCUUAGAUGAACUUAUGAAGGAGUUCAGCCUCCUAUAUACACCUUCUGUUGUCAAGUCCGUAAGAAGACCAUAUGCAUUCAUUGAAUUUGACAGUUUCCUUCAGAAGACGAGGCAGAAGUACAACAGCACUCGAGCUCUGGCCUCGAGGCUGAACCUGGCUGAUAUGACGACAGACUUGAACCUCCACCCACCAUCAUACGUAAAGAUGAGCCAGCUCGAACCUCCUCCCUCUCCCUCUCCAAAGGUCACUGCCGCACACACAGCCUUAAAAGCGUCAUCAAAGCUAGAGAUGCCCAAUGGGAUCCUGGCCAAUGGUGUUGUUAAUAAGGAUGACACGACAGUGGGGGUAACGCUUAGGCUGAAACCCAUAUCGUGGUAUGGUUAUAUUGCUGUUUUUCUUGCUGUUCCCUGUGUGUUUCUGGAUGUCUAUAGAGGAGCUGUUGCCAUCAGCAUGUCAAGCUUGGAGGAAAUCGAUGGUCCCUCUCCGUGGCAUGGCAUUUUCUUCUUAACAGAAAUGAUACUCCAGGUUGCCCAGGUCCACGUGCUGAGGAAGUACAACAAAUUUAGGAAACUCGAGACCUUAGGUUGUUCCGUCUUUGUGCUCGUACUCAAUGGGUUUCUCUUCGACGUACGAGAUGCCUGGAUUUGCGUGCUGUACGUGACGGUGUCGUUGCUGCUCGCCCUCGCCACCUUCCGGAGGCCGUUCGAGAGAAAAUUGCCGAGAUUUCACAUUUGAGACUUUCCAUUUUGUAUUCUCUUUUUAAAAUUUGUAAUGUGUGAUGUUUUUUUUUUUUUUUUUUUUUUUUUUUUUUUUUUUUUUUAAUUAGGUGAUAAUAAUGUUAAGUGCACAAUUUUGUGAUUUGUAUUUUUUAUUUUAUUUUUAUUAUUAUUAUUAUUAUUAUUUUUUUCUUCAUAUUGCAUUUACCUGAAAUCUUGUAUUGUGAAAGUCUUGCCAAUUUAGCUUUAA